AUGUGUAGAGAAAAAAUAGGAAAACCGGUUAACCAUAAACUAGCAGUAGUCUUGCGAGAAGCAGGACAAUCACCCUUUUCUGAAAAUAUACUGAGAUUGCCAUUUCCAAGAAAAUGCUCUUUGCCAACGUUUGCAUCCCCAUUCACUGAAACAGGAGAUGCAAUUGAGCACUUAAGGACUUAUCGCAUGACACUCACCCAAUGGGACCAUUAUGAUGUAGUGUUGUGCAAGUUUUUUCCUGCUAACCUAAAAGAUGAAGCCCUAUUAUGGUACAACAAUCUGCCCAAGGGCUCAGUUCAGUCAUUUGACCAUCUAUCCGAACUAUUUUUAGAGACGUACCUUCAAAACAGUCGAAUCCAACCUGAAGUUGACGCGUUAUUCCAAAUCUCGAGAGGGCCGAACGAGUCACUCCAUUCCUUAGUCACACGAUGGAGGAAGGUAUGCGUCGAGAUUGGAAAGGUCCCCGAAGACUAUGCAAUCUUGGCCUUUAAAAACAGUCUUAGAAAGAAGAACCCACUCUUUGUCCGUAUGCAUGAGGGCAUGCCAAAGAAUCUGGGUAAAAUAAGAGUAAUCCAAGAAGACUAUGUUGCCUUGGAGGAACUCCAAAAUGGAACUUAUGACAAAAUGGUGAAAGGAACCAACAGAGGAGCCAACGUGGUAGAACCACAGAACCUUCCAGCCCAAGGAGUAGGGCGAUCCAACGGUGGGCCAACCCGGUUCGAUAAAUAUUGGACUGGAGGAUGGAAAGGAAGAGAUCAGACCCAGCAACAGAAGGGGAAGUUUAUAGACCCUGUCUAUACGAAGCUAAACACACCAAUCUUAGAGAUCCUCAAGAAAAUCGACGGACAACACACAAUUACCUACCCAUGGAAUAGAGGUCAGCAACACUAA